AAUCUAUGCGUAGACAGCGUUUGAUUUCCACAUCCACAAGCGCAUAUACGUCUGACUAGUGGUCAUCGAUGAGUCAAACCAGCACGGUACUCUCCUAGCACCAACAAUAAUGGCAGAACUUAACCCUUUCCUCCUUGCGGCCACGAUCCCAGAUCCUGAUCCCCGACUUUUGCCCUUACUACGUUCGAGACCCGAGUUAGCCUCUGCACAAGAUGAGCACGGUUACUCUCUGGUGCAUGCCGCUGCAUCUUACAACCAUCUUGACUUGUUGAGAGCAUUGGUGGGCGAUUUUCAUGUUGAUAUCAAUCUCAAGGACGAAGAUGGAGAAACAUGUCUAUUCGUUGCUGAGACGGUGGAAAUGGUACGACUAUUGGUCGAGGAGUUGAAUGUAGACACGAACAUACAGAAUGAUGAGGCGCAGACAGCGGCAGAAAAAUUCGAGGCCGAGGCCGAGUUUCCAGAUGUCGUGACAUAUUUUCGCACUCGAUUGGCUUCAUCGUCCCUGACAAAUGGAGAGAACUCAACUCCAGUGGGCGGUGUUCAGCAUCCACCUCCACUGCCACCGAAUGUAUCCAUCAACAUCAAUACAGCCUCUGAUUCAACCCAAGAACUUUCCCAGGAGCCAGAUCCAGAAUUCCGGCGCAGGAUAGAAGAACUUGCGGCGAGAGAAAACUUUAAUACGGAGGAGGGUCAAAGGGAACUGCGUGACUUGAUCACAGAUGCGGUAAGAGGUGUGGGCAACGAUGUACGAGAUGUUCGACGACGGAUUGACUGAACCUGUCAAGAGUUGACUUGACAUGGGAGUCAAGCAGAAAUGAGUUGACAUGAAGCGACAAAGGUGUCACGAGAAGGGAUGGAGAUCAUGCCAUGAGUUUGGUUUAUUCACACCACUUCCGUGGUCGUGCACACUCUAUCGUGCAGGGGCCGGUGCGGAC